AGAGUUGUACUUCCCAUCACCAGUGGCUGAAUUUGCCGCGAACCUCCCGUCGCCAUCCACAACGUUUUGUGGCGGAUGAUAAAUAUUGAAUUUGGUAUUGUCUGCGCGGUUUGUUCGUGUUUACCGACGUCGGGAUGUUUUGUGAGAAAGCCGUGGAGUUGAUCCGGGAGCUGCACCGGAUGAGCGACGGACAGCUGCCCGCUUUUAACGAGGACGGGCUGCGGCAGGUUCUGCAGGAGAUGGAAGCUCUUUACGAACAGAACCAGAGCGACGUGAACGAGGCGAAAGGUGCCGGUCGCUCUGAGCUGAUUCCCUCCAUCAAACUCCGUCACUGCUGCUUGUUGAGGAACCAACGCUGCGUCACCGCCUACCUGUACGACCGUCUGCUGAGGAUCAGAGCUCUACGGUGGGAGUAUGGCAGUGUUCUUCCAGCCAACGUUCGCUUCCACAUGUGUGCGGAGGAGCUUCAGUGGUUCGGCCACUAUAAGAAGUCUCUGGCGUCCUUCAUGCGCUCUCUGGGAGGAGGGGAGGGUCUGGACAUCACACAGGACACCAAGCCCCCAAAAAGUCUCUACAUCCAGGUGAGGUGUUUAAAGGAUCACGGAGAGUUUGAGAUUGACGACGGGACGGUGAUCCUGCUGAAGAAGAACAGCCAGCACUUCCUGCCGCGGUGGAAAUGUGAGCAGCUGAUUCGUCAGGGCGUCCUGGAGCAUGUGAUGUCCUGAAAGGCACCGGCAGCCAUUUUAAUCUUAAAUAACAAAUAAAUAAAUAAAUAAAUAAA